AUGCCAAAUCAUUCAAAAGCAGCACAAGAAUAUUUUGAUCGUUCGAACAAAGAUUCUAGUCCUUUUCCUCGUCUUGUUUUUACAAUUCUUCGUGCUAUUGAUCCUUAUCUUCAAUCUAUUUUAAUUUUUAAUGGUUUUGGUCAUCAAAUAUUGUCCAAAGCUGGUAUUACCACAGUUCCUGCUGGACCCAAAGGCGCAGUAUUAGUUGCAAUGGCUGCAGGUUGUGCUGUUAAACAAAUUAUCAAUAUGACUUAUAUUUUAGAAACUAGAAUGAUUAAUUCAGCUGUAGUAGGAAUAUGUCUUUACAAUACAAUAAGCAAUUCUUUCUCUUCAUUAUCAUCGAUUAUUUAUGGUCCUUCAGAUGAAUUGGGUAGUCUACAAUAUAUUGGUAUUUCAUUAUUUACUGUUGGUAUUUUUACUGAAUUAAUAUCUGAACUUCAACGUAAACGAUUCAAGGAUAAUCCAGCAAAUAAAGGAAAACUUUAUACUGGUGGUCUUUUUUCUCUUGCACGUCAUAUUAAUUAUGGAGGAUAUACAUUAUGGCGUACUGGAUUAGCAUUAACAAGUGGAAAUUAUUGGUUAGCUGCUCUUCAACUUUCAUGGCAUCUAUGGUACUUUACAAAGCAAGGUGUACCAGAUAUAGCAAACUAUUGUAGUGAAAGAUAUGGUGAUGAAUGGAAAAAAUAUGAACACAAUGUUCCAAACAUUUUAUUUCCUUAUAUUUGGUAG